UUAAUAUCGAUCCAUGUACUUCUUCUCUCCAUAUUGUCCAGACUCAGAGAGAGAGAGCAAGCACUGUCGGUCGCUGAUGGCUAAUCUUUUCAUUCUCAACUUCCCAAGUUUCAGUUCCAGCUUAAGGACUGUCUCUGCUUCAGCUUCAUCAAAUGGUGCUCAUCCAUUAUCAGCAGGGAGUGGCAGCGGCAGUGGCCCAAUGAUCCUGGAGCUUCCUCUGGAGAAGAUACGUAGACCUCUAAUGAGGACAAGAGCUAAUGACCCCGAUAAAGUCAAAGAACUUAUGGACAGUAUACAAGAAAUUGGGCUUCAAGUACCCAUUGAUGUACUUGAAGUUGAUGGAGUUUAUUAUGGUUUCUCUGGUUGUCAUCGCUACGAAGCUCAUCAACGCCUUGGGCUUCCUACAAUCCGCUGCAAAAUUCGCCGUGGAACCAAAGAAACCUUGAGGCACCACCUACGUUGAAGUUUCAAUAGGUUGCGUUCUGGUAGUAAAUUUGCAAGUUCUAUCAAACUAUUUAUCGAUUUUAAUGCCAUAAAAAAGUUAUUUCUGGAUUCUUAAAACAAGCAUGUGUAUAUAUAAUGAUUGGAAAUAUUUCAAUGUCAAAGUUUACAUGUAAAUAAACCAUUACUUAUAGAUUCCAUUUCAA